AUGGCAAAAAAUAACCUAAAUGUGCUGGGAUUAGCAGAAGUGAGAUGGAAGGAACAAGGUGAUUUCUGGUUAGAGAAAUAUAGGAUCAUUCAUUGUGUUAAUGCAAAAGCAGGUGCAAAUGGUGUGAUUAUUAUAUUAGAUGAGAAAACAGGAAAGCGAGUCAAGAAAGUGGUUCAACACAGUGACAGACUCAUACUAGUGAAAAUAGAGGCGGAACCAGUGGAUAUCGUAAUAGUACAAGUCUAUAUGCCUACUUCAGCAAGUGACGACGAAGAAGUGGAAAAGGUUUAUGAGCAAAUUUAUGAACUAGUUGCAAUAGAAAAAGCCAGUGACUAUUUAAUAAUCAUGGGCGAUUGGAACGCUGUAAUUGGUGAAGGCGUUGAUGGAAAAUCACAAUUUGGUUAUGAUGAAAGUAAGAGUAAAAUUAAAAGUACUCAAAAAGGCCUCGGUCCGUAG